AUCAUUGGGGCUGAGGAAUAUUGCAUCAGACAGGGGCUUCAGAAUAUCUGACAAUAAGGGAUUAGGAAAUUGCAUGUUCUACGCCUUGUCCGAACAACUGGCAAUUGUUAAGGGAAUCAAAAUCCUACAUGGCGAAUUAAGACAAACCUUGGUCCAGUACCUCAGGAAUAACCCAAAACUUCCGGAUGGAACAGAUCUGUUUCACUUUGUCCAUGGACAUCAAACAUGGACUGAAUACCUAGUACACAUGGAACAAGAUGGCGCUUGGGGUGAUCACGUGAUUCUGUGUGCCGCAGCAAACUACUUUGAAACGUGCAUUCGUGUGGUCAGCAGUCUAUCCCAUAGCAAUGAUGUAAUCAUAACGCCACAUUGUCCAGUUGACGAAAGCAAACCUCUUAUGCUGGGACAUAUUCAUGAGGUGCACUAUGUCAGCCUUCGACCCGUGCAAGGUUAAAGUGGCAGGCCCUUCCAGUCACUUUGAUCGGCCCUUGUGAAGAGCUCGGCCUUGCAGAAUGACUUCACAGGCAUAGAGACUAUUGAUGCAAAUUGGACAACUAGAGCUUUCUUCAGUCGAUUUUCCAAUGUAAACUUUAAAAUCUUAGAUUAAAUUAGAGUUUCCAAAAAAUGUUUACAACAGAACAAGGACAAUAAAAAGACCCUAUAAUAAAAAUUUUAUUUCUUAUAACAAA